AUGGCAGUACAAUUCCUUCUUAUAACACCCCUGCGCCAAGGUAUAACACCCCUGCGCCAAGUUAUAACACCCCUGCGGCAACCUACCAUGCUCCUUCGCCAACCUACAGCGCUCCUGCUCCUCCUACCAUGCGCCAGCUCCCUCAGUAAGAUAAUUGCCGAACCCGCUCAAUACGACUUCAAUUACGCUGUGAAUCACGACUAUUCCAACAACGACUACGGUCACCAAGAAAACCGCAACGGGUAUGACACACAGGGGUCGUAUCAUGUCCUGCUCCCCGAUGGUCGUGUUCAGAGGGUCACUUACACGGUGAACGGCGACUCUGGAUACGUGGCCCAAGUUACAUACGAGGGAGAAGCCCAAUACGGCACUUAUAGACCUUCUACAUCCUACCAGCCUGCACCUGCAUAUGCUUAA